GGGGAGCCGCCCCCGCCCCCCCCAGCACCGCAGCGAGACUCGCGCCCCCCGCCGGAUCCCCACCUCCGCGCCCGCCCCGCGGGCUGAGCUGCCCGACCGGGGCCCGCCCCCGGCGCCCACCAUGUACGCCUUUGUGCGGUUCCUGGAGGACAACGUCUGCUACGCGCUGCCCGUGUCGUGCGUGCGCGACUUCAGCCCCCGCUCGCGGCUGGAUUUUGACAACCAGAAGGUGUACGCCGUGUACCGGGGCCCGGAGGAACUGGGCGCCGGGCCCGAGAGCCCCCCGCGCGCCCCCCGCGACUGGGGCGCGCUGUUGCUCCACAAGGCCCAGAUCCUGGCGCUGGCAGAAGACAAAUCUGACCUUGAAAACAGUGUGAUGCAGAAGAAAAUAAAAAUCCCCAAGCUUUCUCUUAAUCAUGUAGAAGAAGAUGGAGAGGUUAAAGAUUAUGGGGAAGAAGAUUUACAGCUUAGACACAUCAAGAGACCUGAGGGGCGGAAGCCGAGUGAAGUGGCGCACAAGAGCAUCGAGGCAGUGGUGGCUCGGCUAGAGAAGCAGAACGGCCUGAGCCUGGGCCAUAGCACGUGUCCGGAAGAGGUCUUCGUGGAGGCCUCACCAGGCACAGAGGACAUGGACAGUCUAGAAGAUGCUGUGGUGCCCCGGGCUCUGUAUGAGGAGCUGCUGCGCAACUACCAGCAGCAACAGGAAGAGAUGCGCCACCUCCAGCAGGAGCUGGAGCGUACUCGGAGGCAGCUGGUACAACAGGCCAAGAAGCUCAAGGAGUACGGGGCACUUGUGUCUGAAAUGAAGGAGCUCCGUGACCUUAACCGGAGGCUCCAGGACGUGCUGCUCCUGCGGCUUGGCAGCGGUCCCGCCAUUGAUCUGGAAAAAGUAAAGUCAGAAUGUCUCGAGCCCGAGCCGGAGUUACGGAGCACUUUCAGUGAGGAAGCAAAUACGUCGUCCUAUUACCCCGCUCCUGCGCCUGUCAUGGACAAGUAUAUCCUAGACAAUGGCAAGGUCCAUCUGGGAAGCGGGAUUUGGGUUGAUGAGGAGAAAUGGCACCAGCUACAAGUAACCCAAGGAGAUUCCAAGUACACGAAGAACUUGGCAGUUAUGAUUUGGGGAACAGAUGUUCUGAAAAACAGAAGCGUCACAGGAGUCGCCACAAAAAAAAAGAAAGAUGCAGUCCCUAAACCACCCCUCUCGCCUCACAAACUAAGCAUCGUCAGAGAGUGUUUGUAUGACAGAAUAGCACAAGAAACUGUGGAUGAAACUGAAAUUGCACAGAGACUCUCCAAAGUCAACAAGUACAUCUGUGAAAAAAUCAUGGAUAUCAAUAAAUCCUGUAAAAAUGAAGAACGAAGGGAAGCAAAAUACAAUUUGCAAUAAACUUUGGAUUUUUCAUAAAGCUUUCGUGUUUCCUUGUGUGGCAUGUGAUUUGCGAGCGAUGGUGCCGUCCAAAUCAGACCCCACCAUGCAUGGUGGUGUGUGGGCAGGGAUCCAUCGGGUUCUGGGGUCAGCGGCUUGUUCUGAAUGUUGACAGUCCAAAGAAGACAGAUGGCUUUGCUGAGACUCAGGAGCAGCCUGGCACUGGUGUCCUGGGAAUGGGGAAAACACUCUUCUUGGAGGGGGAUGAGGUUGCCUCAGUUGCCUGUCACUUGACUGGGAUUUGAAUGGAUAUUUUUACCGUCCAAGGACUUCUUUGUUGCUCUAUUUUGUUCUAUAAUAAAUUUUCAUUAAUUCUUUGAUGUA